AUGGCGGACCAGUUUCAUGUCGUGCUCGCGACGGACUGGGAUGCCCGUAUUCCCGGUUAUCGGAAGCGCAAAGUAUUCCCCAAAACCAAGUCUGGCUGCUCCUCCUGCAAGUCUAAGAAAGUAAAGUGUGAUGAGAAGAGACCGGCUUGUGCCCGGUGCGUGAGAAAUGGACGACAGUGCCACUACAGCGAAGGCGAAAUUGCUUCGUCAAACCAACUGAUUGCGAGAUCCAGAGCAGGAAUUGGAGUUCCUACAAUCGGCUUCUCUCUGUCUCUUUUUAGCUUAAAUACGCCCUCUCCAUUUCCUCUACUGAACGCCAAGAAUGGCACUCCGAUGUUGGAACUCAUGCAGUACUGUGAGAGCCGCUGGGGAGAUAUCCUGCACGUGGAGUUCACUGAUGUUUUCAAAUUCAUGUUUCAAUCCAGCCAUCUGAUUCGCAAUAUCGUUAUCGGCAUCACAGCAUGCCAUCUUCGACACCUUUCUGGAGACAAUCUGCGUCACCAAAUCGCCGAACAUUUCUACGAGUCGUUGGCAGUGCAGGAGUAUCUCAGCAGACUUACUGUGCCCGUUUCAAAAAUGAGCGCAGCAGAUUUUAAUGAGCUGGUUUUGGGGGGAAUGCUGCUGAAUAUUCUCUGCUUUCCAUUGCCCCCAAGGGCCCCUUAUAAGACGGAUAGAAGCCGACCAGGGGAUUGUUGGGUAAACAUUUCAACAGAGGCGCUGGGCUGGCUAGCUCUGCAAUCUGGCCUCAGACCACUCCUCAAAUCUGGUGGACACCGCCUUCAGGGAGCUAUGGAAGUCCUUGGGCCCAUCUUCUUGGGGAACGUGCGCCCCCGGGAGUAG